AUGGCGCGAGCGAUCACCGCCGUCGCCCUCGCCGCUCUGGCCUGCGUAUGCGCAGCCCAGGAUGUCUACGACAUCUCCGAUGAGCAGUACUAUCAGAUGCCGAACCUGUUCCACCUGGACCAUUACGAGCAGUGCCUGGCGGCGCGCGGAGUCUACUGCCUCGGUAGCUUCGAGCUCUCUGCAGACUCCCAUCAUCAGCUGUUCCAGACCAUGCAGCGCUACUCAGCUAACUGGGUGGAUAAUUUCAACCACACACGACUGCACCGAGGGCUGUGCGUGAGUCGCCGCUGUCCCCACCACCAAGACACCACUCACAACCACCUACCGCUCGCUGCUCACCACUCCCACAACGAGAGCCUCGAACAGCUAGCAUUUGACGCAUGGUUUUCAUCGUGCGUCAACGCGAGCAUGAUCUCGGAGUACAAUAUGUCAGCGCGGCUGUACCGGCUGGAGUACUGCCGGCAGGGACCCGGAGGCCCCGACCCGCCGCUCACGGACAACGAGCGGGCGUUCGCAGGGGUGAUCGCUGUGCUUGUUGCCCUUACCGCCAUCAGCACAGUGCUGGAUGUCACACUCUCCGAUAACGCCAAGAAAGGGCUGCAGUGGGCGGUGUCGUGGUCCUUAGCGGGGAGCUGGCGCACGCUGCACGCGCCGCCACCCUCGGCACGCGGCGCAGACCUGGCCGCCAUGGACGGGCUGCGGGUGCUCGGCAUGAUGUGCUUCAUCAUCGAGCACGUCUGCUGGCUCAACACGCUCUCCUACCUCGUCGAGACCAGGCGCUUCGAACAGAUGAGGCGCGCAGGAGACGUGGUGUUGAUGACCAACAGCACUUUAGUGGUGCAGGUGUUCUUCGUCAUGUCCUCGUUCCUGCUCGCGCACAAGUUGCUGCAACAGCGGCGGCAGGGCCAGCACGUGCCCAAGAUAUCCACAUUCUUCCAUACCAUGUUUAAUAGGAUCAUUAGAAUGAGCCCGAGCUACUUCCUGGUGGUGUGGUUCGCGUCGAGCUGGUGGGAGCGCGCGGGCGACGGACCCAUGUGGGCGCCGCUGGUGGGCUCCGAGGCCGCCGUCUGCAGGCACAAGUGGUGGACCCAUCUCCUCUACCUCAACAACCUCAUCUACCCCGACGACAAGUGCCUCAUACAGACUUGGUACCUGGCGGCGGACAUGCAGCUGUACGCACUGUCACUGGUGCUGACGCUGGCGCUGUGGCGGCUGCGGCUGGGCGCGGUGUACGCGCUGGGCGCGCUCAUGCUGGCCUCCGUCGGCGGCAACUUCCUACUCGCGUACUCCUGGCGGCUGGUGCCCACGUUCGUCCUCCACAGGCCCGAAUCUAUCCGCGUGCUGUACAAGGGCGAUGCGUCAUUCAACUUGCUGUACCAGUCUCCGCUGGGGAACCUGCCGGGCGCGCUGGCCGGCCUGCUACUCGCGCAUCUGCACCAUGCGCUCCUCGACCGCCGAGUGCAACUCAACGACUACAAGGUGUUCCGGUGGUGUAAGGCGCCGGUGCGGUCGGUGCUGUCGUGGCGCGGCUGGGCGACGUGCGCGCGGCUGUCGUUCGGCGCCCUCAUGCUGCACAUGAUCAUCAACAAGUCGCUGGUGGCCGCCCGCCUCGCGCCCACACAGCUCGACAGGCAGACCGCGAUACUGGAGUGGUUCGGCGUGGCAUUCGUGUCGUACAUGGCGGCGCUGCCGCUGGCGCUGCUGGUGGAGCUCCCCGCGCAGCGCCUGCACCGCGCGCUAACCGCCCGCACCGGAGCCCCGCCCGCCGCGCCCGGCGUCGCCGACAAGAAGGACGCCAGCAAGUGACGCCACACUGACGCAGGGGGCCGGGGGCACUAAAGUAAUUGCUACCUGUAUACACGUUCUUUCACGCGCGAUCAGAGACGUCAUUCCCUACAUAUAAUUAUACGGAUAUGUUAAUAUUUCCUUUACAAUCCUAAUUGACAGGGUAUUUUUUUUGGGAUCGGUUUUUCCCGUUUCAGGGAAAGGCAAAAUGACUCAGCUUAUACAGCCAUGCGUCAAUAUAAUCGAGUUGCUGACAGAUGACGUCAUUUUCACUAAGUUACGUAAUUAGCCCCCCAGGAGCGCACUCCCCUCCGCUCGAUCCCUCGUCCAAUUCAAACGAGGAUCGAAAUUACGAUGACCUGAGCAGAGAUUCUAAUCCUCAGACUAAAAUUGUGUCCGUCAGUCGGGAGUGGACCUUCAGCCGCUCCAUAAGUCCUUCCUUUGGUUUGGAGUGUCAUCUGCACUCGCUCCCUAUCGUCCAGCAAAGCUGUAACGGCCAGCUGCGGCCAACAGCAUUAGAGUAGUCCGAAAAAAAAGGAGCGCGCGUAAUCGCGAGUGAUUG